UUAACUGUUCUCCAAUUCUUCAAAUAUUGCAAUGACUGAUAAAAACGAUCUGGACCGCCAGAUUGAGCGACUGUAUCGCUGCGAGGCUCUUGAGGAAUCAGAGAUCCAGAUCCUGUGCGCCAAGGCCCGCGAAAUACUAGUGGAGGACGGUAAUGUGCAGCGCUUGAACGCACCAGUAAUUGUGUGCGGCGACAUGCAUGGCCAAUUUUACGACCUAUUAGAGCUGUUCAAGGUUGCCGGCCGUGUGCCAGAAGAGAAAUUCCUUUUUAUGGGCGACUUCGUGGACAGAGGCCACUUCAGCUUGGAGACCUUCCUUCUUCUCCUUGCCCUGAAGGUGCGCCAUCCGGAUCGCAUCGCCUUGAUCCGCGGGAAUCACGAGACGCGCCAAAUCACCCAGGUUUAUGGAUUCUACGACGAGUGCAUGCGAAAGUUCGGCUCAUCGAGCGUUUGGCGAUUCUGCACGGAUCUCUUUGACUACCUCAGUCCAGCUGCCUUAAUUGAUAGCAAGGUGUUCUGCGUCCACGGUGGACUGUCUCCUUCCAUACAGUAUCUAAACCAGAUCCAUUGUCUUGAUCGCAAACAGGAGGUACCGCACGAGGGACCAAUGUGCGAUUUGCUUUGGAGCGAUCCUGAGGAUCAGGAGGGCUGGGAAAUGUCGCCUCGUGGGGCUGGUUACCUCUUUGGAUCUGAUGUAGUCGACCGGUUCAGACACGAUAACGACUUGGACUUAAUCUGCCGCGCCCACCAGCUGGCAAUGACUGGCUAUAAGUGGCAUUUCAAUAAAUCUGUUCUGACUGUAUGGUCAGCUCCUAACUACUGCUAUCGUUGCGGCAAUGUGGCUUCCAUCCUAGAAUUGGAUGAGGCGCUCAGGCGCAGUUUUAUUAUCUUUGAUGCCGCUACUCCGGACAAUCGAAAACGUCCCACAAAGGUACCACAGGCGGAAUACUUUUUGUAAAAAUGUCGAAACUAAGA